AACCCACCAGUGGCUGCCCUACGUUUCACACGAUCGCCGUCGCAACAGAACAGGUUCGAAAUGGUCAAGGGAACGAGAGCGACCAUGCAUCAUGCAAGCUAGGGUUGAAAGCCACGAGAGAAUCAGCUCGCAGAGUUGCAGCUGGAGGAGUGGUUGAAACAUCGAUGGCUGCGCAAUGGCGGUGACGCACGUAGCUAUUUGGAAGCUCUGCUAGCGAGCGGCAUACAUUCUCCUUGAGAACAGUUGAUGGCAGGUGGUGGUCAGGGGCAAAUCCGAAGGGCGCAGUGUAUGACCUGUGAAAGAACGCAAGGUCCAAAAGCGACCUUAUUGACUGCACCUGCAAACCAGCAGAAAAUCAUCUAGAGCACUUUCCUCGUGCUUUUCCUGAUCAGGAUUCCCUAUCUAAGCAGUCUGAUGCACAUCAAAGGGGGGCCUAGCACCUUGCGGUGCAUUACCAAAAGUUUCCUUUGUAGCUAGUGAGCUGGCUCCCAGCUGCAAAACCCCUCAGCAUAAUGCACCUCUCCGCUGUGUCUUGUCUUGGGGUUGGGGCCCUCACAUAUUCCAUCUCCCCAGCAUGGCUCCUUUUUGGAGCUCUGUUUGCCACCCUGUGGGACCAUUUUAGGAGUCCGGCGGCAGGCCAAACCCUACUCACUUUAAUCUUCCCCUUUGUUAGCUGGCUAUCUUUUCGGCUCAGUCUGAUCCUCGCCUUGCUGGUACACGAAUGGGCCCACCUAUUGGCGAGACUCCUCCUCCAAAGCAGAAGCUGUCUUCCUGCUGACGUUGGUGAAGCUCCGAAGCGCACAGCUGACGUCAGAAGCGCCGAUUGGCGCGCCAACGUGAACCUCCGGGACUGGUGUCAGUGCUUGCUGCCAUGGCGGCCCAUGCCGCGAGGCAUGACACCACACGUUUGUGGUCCCAGCUCAACCAGAUCAGGGGGUUCUGCUCAAGGGGGCUGGAGGGACGCCUGCGUGCGCGGGUUUGGGUGGCUUGCAAGCGCUGUGUUCUGUGUUGGAAGCUGGAGCGUGAGAGGGUCGCUGGGGCCAGUGGGCGAUUCCUUGCAGGAAGAGCUGUUUCAGGCCUGUUCCAUUGUCCUGCUCUGCUCCACCCUAACGGACCUGUGCGAGAUGCUGGGGCUGGCGCCGUCAAAGGCGGGCGUCUACCGCUGCGGCAACUUUGGGCUGCUUGUGGCAGGCGCAGUGGAGGGUGCCCGCUCCCGGGGGCUUGACUGCCUCCGCGUGUUGCAAGAUAUGGCUGCUAUUUCCACGCAGCGUGGCGGCCAGUCUGGGGGACUGGUGACGUUGAUCCAGUCGGAGGGGGGCCAAGUAAAGGGGCUGCGCGAGCGGGUGUGCCCAACCAAGCGCCAACACCUGGCCGUGCUGCUGGCGGCACGUUUCCGGCGGAAGCUGGGCUGGGCCAGCCUGUGGCAGUGGCUGCGCCGUCUGCUGCUCUGGUGGCGACCGACCGGGAAGAGCGCCCCGGGCGCUGGCCCCAGUGUGCGCCUCUUCCUGGGCCACACCCGGUUCGCCACGUCGAGCAUCCCUAGCGUGCGCGAGAGCCACCCCCACCAGUGGACCCCCACUUUCCGUUGCAACAUGUGGCGCCAGGGCCGGGGCAUGCAGGCGGAGCAAGUCGGCAUUUACAUCACGCACAACGGAGACUUUGAGUUCUGGUCGCUCUUCGGACGUGACCGGACGCACACGGAGAUGGGUUUCUGGCUGCAGCGCGUCCUGGACUGCCCCCAGUCGGCGCACUGCGACAGCGUCAUGAUCGGGGGCCUCGUGGAGCUGCUGCGCACACAGGGCCUCUGGAUGCACUCACUGCGCCUCGCCUACCACCAGACGGUGACGCACUCCUUCGAAGAGGUGUUCGAUUACGGCCUGCCGAGCGACCCCGCGACCGCCAACGCGGCGCCCACGCGCGCCACGCUGGACGUGCUCGCGCGCAUCGCGGAGGCCGCCUUCCUGCGCUUCCUCGACCAAGCAUCUCCAGGACCAGAGAGUCACCAGAGCGGACGUGUGCACGGGGAACAGGAGAGACGCGCCGGCGCCGGUCCGCACAGCAUUGAGUGGACCGAAGAAAGCAUGGAGAACUUAUCCCAGGCCCUGAAGGCGGCGCUGUUGAGCGAGGCGCCGGCGCUGCUGCAGAAGAACGCCCCCGAAGGGUUCCGCACCCUGAUCGAGGACCUGCAGGUCGGGCGUGGGGAGGCGUUCUUGGAGCUGCUUGCGCGGCAGGCCGUUGUCAACUUCCUGCACAACGACCUGCACUGGGCCGUCAAGAAGUUCCUCGCCAAUGCAAAAGGCUCGUUCGGGCUAGCUGUGUGCUGCACCCUGGACCCCGACCGUGUCGUCUUGGCUGCCCUGAACCAGCCGCUGUCCGUGGGGCUGGCACCCGAGCAGCGCGCGGUGCUCUACUCAUCAGAGGCGCAGUCUCUCAAGACGUCCCUCUCGAAGCCGGGCGCGAAUGGACCAGUGGAAACAGUGGCGUGGCGCGUAGAUCUGAACGAGGCAGACGGCGAGGUUCUGGAGAUCAGGCUGACGUCAGGGGGCGGAACGCCGGGUCAGCCACCGAGCCAACACUCCACAGACGGGGAAGCUCGCAAUGGAAACCCAACGAGCGGGAGUCAGAAGGGACUGGUGGCCGAUCUGGAGGCCGGGAACGGGGGCGACCCGCUGAUCCAGCCGCUUCCGGAUGCCGAUUUUCUGACGCUGCGGCUCUACAGCCGGAGGCAGGACAAAGCGAUUUCUCAGUCCGAGUUCGAGGCCUCUCAGCGACUCGUACAAAUGGCAGGCAACCCGUACAUUACGUUCGACGACCCUGUGAUAGAGCAUGACCUGGUUGGAAACGACAUCCAGGACAUCCCUCGUGUUCUGGCGACCAUCCGCCGCGAGUGGACCACUGUGGGCAGUCUGAAUCAGCAGACAGCGGGCGCCCUCUUGGCGCUUCUCCAAGAAAAAGCGGCCAUGAUUGGGGACGCGCCAGGGGAUGGGAGCACGCGCAAGGAGAUCGACGUGUUGGUUACAGGCGUGGAGAGCAGCCUUUGGGUCGGGGAGCAGUUUGCGGCGGACCUGCAAAACUUCCUGCCCCAGUUGCGCGUCGUGCCCAUCUCGAGCAACAAGGUGAUCGGCGUACUGGGCAACGCCCGGGGCAAGAUUUCGACGGCCGGCUUUUCCUUCUGCCGCCUCACGAGCAGCCUGCGCAGCACCAUUGUGAUCGCCAUCAGCCAGUCGGGGCAGACGUUCCCGACCCUGCACGCCACGCGCAUUCUGCAGAGGGAGUGCCCGGGGCGCGUGUUCGUGGUGAGCGGUCUGCUGGACGGCAAAAUGUCGCAGGCGGUGGGUCAGCGACUGGAAGCCGGUGCGGCAUUCUGCCAGCGCGUGUUCUGGACCGGGGCCGGCUGGCGCGCCGCGGAACCUGCAAGUGUAUCCUCUGUCGCCGCCCACGCUACUCUGACGGAGCUUCUGCUCUUCUUGGGCGACCAAUUGAGGGCUACCGCCAAGCAGCACCGGGGUCCCGGGCCUCUUGGCCUCCGCCUCACGCGCAAUGACAUCAAGGACAUGGGCCGGGUGCGAGACGCCUUGGUUGACAGCACAGCCGGAACGCUGACUGGAUCAACCGCAAAGGGCGACCACAUCCCCUCUGCGCUGCACUCUGCGCUGGUCGCCCAAGGCCGCUGCUGGGGGCACCAUAUCAUAGAGACCCCCGUCGCAUGGAUGCUGUCAUCCAUCUACAUCUUCGCAACCGUCAUCUCGGGGUGGCCGCUCUUUACUGCAAUACGGCGCGGGAUCGGUGCAGGCGGGCCCGGCGGCGAGUUCCUGGUGUACUUUGCGCACGCCCUGGACGCGCUUUCUUACUGCUUCCUGCCUCUCGUGUUUUCGUACCUCCUCCGUGUGAUCCAAGGACGACAACUCUUGGCCCGCCUCGGGAAGAGGACGCUGGUGAUCGGAGACGUUCCUUACGUGCACCAGCUGCUGGAGGUGUAUGUCUCCAAGCUGUUCGCCCUGAGCUACAGCAUCGCCAGUAUUGACGUACACGGCAGCAACCCACUGGACCACCUCGUACACAGGUUCACCCAUCGCGUGGUGCGCGGCGUGUUGCUCGCCAUCGGGCGGCCGGACGGGCGGCUGUGCACGCAGACCAAGAGCGAGUCGUGGGUGCUCAUGGCGCUGCUGCAGUGCAAGUCCAUCAUCAACGGCGGCGCCGGCGCAGAGACUUUCACGGUCGGCCAUAACCCAUACCGCAACCCCAUGGUCAUGGACGCCUCCGUAAUCCUUCCGAGCAAGCGCCCCCAGUUCCUGUGCGAGAAGAUGAUCGGCGUGGAUGCUCACGAGCCGCUCGCGCGGCUGGCCAGCAUGGGCCACGUGGUUCGCGGGGAGGGCGCACACGAAGCCGGGUCCAAGUUCCACGACCUGGACGGGCGCACUGUCGGGGAGCAUCUGAUGCAGGAGGGAUCAGUGCAGCGCGCCCGUCGGCUUACGCUGUCUAUGCUCGCGCACGGUUCUCACCAGAUCGACUCGGUGGAAGCGGGCGACCCGGGGAACCGCGAGCAGAUCCUGUCCGCGAUGGAACUAGACGUGCGGCGAUUGUUGGACAGCCAGUCGCCUAUGGAAGAAUUCACCGAGAACCGCUUCCUCUCCCUCGAGCGCUACAUCGCAUUCCUGGUGACCUUCCACGCGAUGGCGCGAACCGUGGCCUCCCUGUGGCCCCUCCGCUUCGACGUGUCCCGCAGCCAGAGCUGCCUUCGCAUCGCCACGACCGCCGCGCCGGUUUCCGCCGCCGAUCUGGAGCGCGAGUGGCUCGAGAGCGCAACGGACCCGGACGAGGGCACCAUCCACGUGCGCACGUUGCGCAGGCGGCCCAGCUUUUCGGGUGCCGACCAAUACCCGGACCGCCACACGAUGCCCUCGGUCCGGGGAGCCGCCCCGCUCUUCGCUUCCGUCCUUUCCGGCUUCCGCCGCUCCCCUUCCGCCUCCAAGUCCCCGCUCCUCGAGGGCGGAUCCCAACGCGGGUCCUCCCAGCGCAAAACCAGCUUCGACCUCAAGGAUUUGUCUGCACGGGGGGGGAAGCACGCGGGCGCGGUUCUACCCCCCCUCCACAUUCAAGAUGUCUCCGUUAAGGGGGGCACGGCCCGGCUGAACGUUAGCCCCGGAAGUUCGUUGAGGGGGGGCAUGUUGGGGUUACCGAGCCCGGCGGUACACGCAGGGGGAUCCCUCCGGGGGGGGAACGCAGUUGCGGGGCUGGCCCUCUGGCAGGGGGGGUCCCGGAGGGGAAGCACCGGGGGCCUGAGUGUGUUGGACGUGUUGCGAGAAGGGGCCUCGGAAACGGCCCUCGGAAAGGAGGAGCGGAGCCCGAGAAGCGACCGGGAUAAGGAGUUGGCGGGAGCGGAGGGGCAGAGGGUGAGAAACGGACGAAGCGACGCGUUGCGUGCCAAUUAUGAAGACGGGGGUGCGACGAGUGACGACGCGCGCGAUGAUGGGGAGAGGGGGCCCGGACGGAGACGGAAGGGCAAGCCCGUGUUGGAUUCUUGAGUGAAUCGGCAUGUCACGAAGCGGCUGCCAUUUAAUUGGUUGCGAAACGGAGAAAUGCAAUUAUUGGGUUCCCAUAUUCUAAAAGGCUGAUAAUGAAUACUCUAGUAACUAACGAAGGCAGAUAAUCAUAUUGAAUGGAUCGGGCCAUUCUUCAAAGUACCAUCACCUAUCCAACAGAAUGCUAGACGGACAAGUAAGAGGUUUAAGGUGGAAGAAGCUACAUUCGACAUCGGAUCGAGACUUCAAGAGUUUCUCAGAUAUAUGCAACUGAAUCGACGCCUUCUUCGCGUAGGUUGACAUUAUAACCUUAGUAUACUCAAGUUGCGGAUAAGUUCAAUUCAAAGGAAUUGAACCAGGAAAACAAAAAGCAGCUCAAAGGACAAUCUAUUUCAAUUGUAAAAUCUGCAUUGUGACUCCUGAUUCCGACUCGUUUGAUGCAG